AUGGAUACUUCUAAAAAUGAACAGAAUGGUAGCAAAUAUGAAUGUUUUGAUAAUAGUUUGCAACUUUACAUGCAAUCCGUACAAAGUUCAUCAAACUUAACAUCGAUUAACAUCCUUAACGAUUUAUGGCAAACAAAAAAAGAUAUUUUCAACAGGGAGUCUCAGCUUAAAAUUUUAAAUACAGCGAAAGCUCUCACCAAAAAUUCCAAUACUCUAAACAUUAAAACAUGGAAAAGUUCAUUGAGUAAAAUAAAUGACCCUGUUUCUCUGGUUGAGAAAUCAAUGACAUUGUGCAAGAAGUGUUCUAUGGCAAACAACUAUAAUGGCUACAAAAAGUUUAUUGCCAAUAAAUGCAAUUGUGAUACAUGUCUUUUUAAAAUCAGUAGCAACAAGAGAGAGUCAAGCAUUGAUAGUAAAUCUACAGUUAACAAUACAUACAGCAAUAGUUCCAGCCAAGAUAAGUUUGUUGCAGAACAGAAAGGUCUUUUCAAGCCAAAAUCUAAAUUAAAACAGUUUCCCAGAAUAUCAGUACAACCACAAAUGAGUGUUUUUUUAAAUAACAUAGAAACAAACUCAAGAAGUGAUGUAAAUACAAAUUAUAAAUUUGAAUUUGGUACAAACUUAGACAGAGAAAAUAUAUCUCAUCAAACCAAUUUAGAUAGAGAAGAGGAAGAAAAUAAGGCUCAUAAAAGCAAUGUGGCCAAAAUUACCUUCAAGACAGCGAAAGAAGCACUCUUGGCUUCUAAUCCUGCUGCCAAAAGAACUUUAGGUGCAUCGAGGAAAGCUCAGGGGAAAUUCAUUCCACCAAUGCUUGGUGCUCAGGAAAAACAAGAAAGAAGUGAAACUAUUGUAACUGAUGAUCGACUUAAACAUAUUGAUGCGAAAAUGAUAGAAUUAAUUGAAAGUGAAAUUAUAGAUAAGGGAACUCCAGUAGGCUGGGAUGACAUAGCUGGCCUGCAGAUGGCGAAAUCCGUGAUCCAGGAAGCGGUGGUUUGGCCAUUGCUUCGUCCCGAUAUAUUUACUGGUCUAAGACGUCCACCUAAGGGCAUUUUACUUUUUGGACCACCGGGCACAGGAAAGACUCUAAUUGGCAAGUGCGUGGCGGCGCAGUGUCGCGCUACGUUCUUCAGCAUCUCUGCGUCGUCGUUGACGUCCAAGUGGCUCGGCGACGGUGAGAAGAUGGUGCGCGCGCUGUUCGCAGUCGCCCGGUGCCACCAGCCGGCAGUUAUAUUCAUAGAUGAGAUCGAUUCGUUGCUAACGCAGCGAAGUGACAGUGAACACGAAGCCACGAGGAGAAUCAAGACUGAGUUUCUGGUACAGUUUGAUGGAGCGGCAACUGGUGAAGAAGAUCGACUUCUGAUAGUAGGUGCAACCAACCGACCACAAGAGCUAGACGAGGCGGCCCGUCGUCGACUGGUGAAACGGCUCUACAUACCUUUGCCAGAUUUACAUGCCCGUCAGCAAAUAAUAAGCAAUCUGCUAAAGGACGAAAAUAACGACCUCACAUGUGAGCAAGUUGUUGAGAUUGCUGCUCUUACCGAGGGUUACUCGGGUGCAGACAUGAAGUCACUUUGUUCCGAAGCUGCUAUGGGACCCAUAAGGUCUGUGCCACUAUCUCAAAUCAUCAACAUCGAUAGAGAUAAGGUUCGUCCAGUAAACAGUGAAGAUUUUAUAAAUGCUCUGCAGCGAGUACGACCCAGCGUGUCGCAAGACGAUCUCGGGCAAUAUGUCAAAUGGAACAGCACUUAUGGCCAGGGUUUCUAA